AUGGGUAAUAAGAAGAACAAAAGAUCACAUAGAAAAUUAAAACCAUGGGCACAUCGAAAAUUUAUGAGGGAAAAAUGCGCUGCAAUGAUAAGAAGAAAAGCCACGGGCGUAACUCAGACCGAACAGCAAUCAAUCUGUACUGAUCACAAUACUACAACAAAAUUUCGACUCAAGACUAUGCAACAGACUAUGGACGCUAAGACCCCUAAACCCUAUGUAUGUGAUAGAAAUGUUGACGAGAACAAUAUUAACUUGAACACCUCGCGCAAGAAAGCUGCCGUACCGACUCGAGACCAAUCUAACAUCUCACAAGACUCCGAUGGAAUGAUCAUUCGUUCUUCAAAUACUGCCCCAGUGGAAGGUUUGGAUACCUGCUUAGUGCCUGUAAAGGUAGAACAGAUCGACAAUAAUCCUUCGACUAGUAGUACAGAAAUUAAUGAGACUCUGCGAAAGCGAAAUCUGAGUGAAAUAUUCCAAUAUGAGGUGCCAACUAAGAUAGUCAAAAUAAAGGAAGAAAACGACUAUCUCACCGUUUUCGUCGACGAAGAUAAGGAAGAUGGACAUCACGAAGAUGAAAUCGUUGCUAAUCAAUACAUAUAUGACAUAACAUUUGUUAAUCCGAUCAUUUGA